AUGAAAGUCGUGGCCCUCGCACUGACCCUCCUCCUGGCUUUGGGCUGCCAUGCCCGCUCCCUGCAGGAUGCCCCCAGUCUACUGGAUAACUACAAGACUGCUGCCAUGAUCUACCUGUACCAGGUGAAGAGCCAGGCCUCCCAGGCCCUGGAGGAGUUGGGUGGAGGCAAAAUCGAGGAGUACAAGAUGAAGCUGACCGAGAGCCUUGACAACCUGCAGAAAUAUGCCGAGUCCUCUUCCACCUCCCUGGAACCGUUUGCCUCCCAGCUGGCUGAAGGAACCCAGACGGCACGCAACUACAUGCUGAAAGAAUUGGAGGACCUGCAAGCCAAAGUGCAGCCACACCGUGUUGAGCUGGGCCAAGCCAUCGAGAAGCACCUGGACGAGUACGGGGAGCGUCUCAUCCCCAUCUUCCGUGACUACUUGUUGGACAACCAGAAAGAAAUUGAGGCUCUUCGCCAGAAGCUCCAGCCUGCCAUCGAGGACCUCAAAUCCAAGGUAGAGACCAACCUUGAGGAGACCAAGACAAAGCUGGCCCCCAUUGUCGAAACUGUCCGUGGAAAGCUCACCGAGAGGCUCCAGAACCUGAAGGAUCUGGCCAGCCCUGUGGCUGAGGAGUACAAGGAGCACAUGCUGAGGGCUGUGGAGGAAGUCAAGGGAAAGCUGGCACCCCACACUGUGGAGCUCAAAGACCAAAUCGAGCCCUAUGUGGAGAGCCUAAGGGCCAAGCUCAUGUCCAUCUACGAGACCGCCGCUCAGGCCAUUCAGGCCUAA